AUGACAUAUUUGAUUCAUGCCGCCAACUCUGAAAAGUGGAGUUGCGGCUUAGAAGCGGCCGGAUGGACUGAGAGAGUUGCCGAAGCUGUCGCUACCUAUUCAGAGGACAAGGACCAUAUCAAUGGAUGCUGCCUGAAACACGAUCAAGACUUCCGCGAAUUCAAACGUUGGGACUACUCUGCUCCUUCCUUGGACGAAAUUGACUCCGAUUUCAUUAACUGUUUAGGAGAAAGUGAAUUCAAGUAUACUUUGUAUGUUGUUCGUCCAGCUUUCUGGGCUGCUGCCAAAGUUCACUCGUUCGUCAUGAGAUUCAAAGUUUGGUAA